UCAGUCGCAAGGACGUUGCAAACCCUGAAGCAGCCGCAGGUUUCGAGUCUCUUAGCAAGGCCGGAACUGCUUGUUCCCGGAGCCCUUCCCUUGCGCAGCUGGGUGACCCCCUUCCCCUCCCCCAGCCUGGGCGGCACCCGGCCUAGCCCUAUCCCGAAUAGGGGGUGGGUUGGUGGGAGAGAGGUCGGCGCUUGCCCUUCCAGCCCACCCCUCUUACCCAAAUGUAUAUAGGGAGCUGAGAGGGCGCCGCUUCUCCUGACAUCCUGGUGCAACUGAGGUCGGAUCCUCCCGCUGCUGCUGCAAAGAUGGCUUUGCUAAGCCCCCGCCCGCCCGACUUGCAGCGCUUGCUGGAGAAGGACCCCUACCUGACUCCCUUUGAGCAGGACUUCGAGCGCAGGUAUAGUCUCUUCCAUCGCAUCUUGAAGAACAUUGAAGAAAAUGAAGGUGGCCUUGACAAAUUUACAAAGAGUUACCAAACAUUUGGAGUCAACAGAUUUAUUGAUGGAGGAUUGUACUGUAAGGAAUGGGCUCCUGGGGCAGAAGCGGUGUUUCUUACCGGAGACUUCAAUAACUGGAAUCCAUUUUCUCACCCAUAUAAGAAAAUGGAUUUUGGGAAAUGGGAGUUGUUCAUCCCACCUGGACCAGAUGGAUUUCAUCCUGUGCCACAUGGAUCAAAACUAAAGGUGGUUAUCAAAAGCAGAAGUGGAGAAGUCCUCUACCGUAUUUCUCCCUGGGCAAGAUACGUAACUCAGGGUGCCAAUGUGAACUAUGACUGGGUAAAUUGGGAGCCACCAACCCCAUACAGACGGAGACAUCCUGUUCCUAAGAAGCCUAAAAGCUUAAGGAUCUAUGAAUCUCAUGUGGGAAUUGCUUCCCCUGAAGGGAAAAUAGCUUCAUAUAAAAACUUCACACACAAUGUACUUCCGAAAGUCAAGGAUCUUGGAUAUAAUUGCAUUCAGUUGAUGGCUGUGAUGGAACAUGCUUACUACGCUAGUUUUGGUUAUCAGAUUACAAGCUUUUUUGCAGCGUCCAGCCGUUAUGGACCUCCAGAUGACUUGAAGGAACUAAUUGAUGUGGCCCACUCAAUGGGAAUUACUGUCUUGCUGGAUGUUGUACACAGCCACGCAUCAAAGAAUUCUGAGGAUGGCCUGAACAAAUUUGAUGGCACAGAUGAUGCAUUUUUCCACUCUGGUCCUAGAGGAACACAUGCAUUGUGGGAUAGCCGACUUUUUGACUACGCAAACUGGGAGGUCUUGAGAUUUCUUCUCUCCAACCUAAGGUGGUGGAUAGAAGAGUAUGCCUUUGACGGCUUUCGAUUUGAUGGGAUAUCAUCUAUGCUGUAUCACCAUCAUGGUAUUGGCACAGCUUUUAGUGGAGAUUACAAUGAAUACUUCGGGAUGCACGUUGAUGAUGAAGCUUUAGUGUACCUAAUGAUGGCAAACCACAUGAUACAUUUCUUGCAUCCAGAAUGUAUAACGAUAGCAGAGGAAGUGUCUGGGAUGCCUGCCCUUUGCUGUCCAGUAACAGAAGGAGGAACUGGAUUUGAUUAUCGAUUGGCCAUGGCAAUUCCUGACAAAUGGAUUCAGAUAAUUAAGGAGCUUAAGGAUGAAGACUGGGAUAUGGGCAAUAUAGUGUUCACGCUAACAAAUAGGAGAUACGGAGAGAAAUACAUUGCGUAUGCAGAGAGUCAUGACCAGGCUCUGGUUGGCGACAAGACCCUGGCGUUUCGGCUGAUGGAUGCAGAGAUGUAUGAGAACAUGAGUGUCAUCUCACCUUUUACUCCAGUUAUUGAUCGAGGAAUACAGCUUCAUAAAAUGAUUCGCCUCAUAACUCAUGCCAUGGGAGGAGAGGGUUAUCUCAACUUCAUGGGUAACGAGUUUGGGCAUCCAGAAUGGUUAGACUUUCCCAGACAAGGCAAUAAUGAAAGCUACCAUUAUGCCAGGAGACAGUUUCAUUUAGCUGAUGAUCAGCUUCUUCGCUAUCGAUUCCUAAAUGAGUUUGACAGAGAUAUGAACAAGUUGGAAGAAAGAUUUGGCUGGCUUUCAUCACCUCCGGCUUACGUGAGUGAAAAACAUGAAUCAAACAAAGUUAUUGCUUUUGAGAGGGCAAAUCUUCUGUUUAUAUUCAAUUUCCACCCAUCUAAAAGCUACACAGACUACAGAUUGGGUAUAGAAAAACCAGGAAAGUAUAAAAUUGCACUGGAUUCUGAUGCUCCGGAGUAUGCAGGACAUAACAGACUGGACCAUAAUACAGAAUUCUUCUCACAGGAGUAUGGACAUAACUGUCAACCUAAUUCUAUUUUGCAACCCAAUUCACUGAGUGCAAGUGAUCGCCAGUCCCGAGGACAACAGCACACAUACUACCUGGAGGUGUACAUUCCAAGCAGAGUGGCUCUAGUGCUUCAGAAUAUGGAUAUCCAAAACUGAAGACAUCCAUCCUACAAUUAGAUCCAUGACGUCAAAGGCCAGGCACCAUUUUGAGGAGAGAGAUAUCCAGGGUUUACUGUUUGGAAACUUUUCUAUAUGAAGAUACAUAUUAAUACUGAGAGCAUUAAAUAUGUGCCCAUUGUUUGUUUAUAAUUUCCCAUUGUGAAAUGCUUAUUCAAAGAAAUAAGCAUUUAAAAUCAGAGGAAAGAAAAGUGCAUUGUUGACAACUCGACGGAUUGUUAACAGACUUAGAUUUCAGAACAGCUGGUAUCCUCAAAGUAACUCUUCCAGUAUUUUAGGAGAAAUAUUUCAAAAACUGCCUUCACUGUUUUCAACUAUUUGCUUCAAUCCCAUUUAUAAUUUUGGUACUGAAUGCAGGUUUUUCAUUAGAUGACAUUUUGUGUUAGAAAUAAAUAAAUAAUGAUGUUGUUGCCUUCAAAGGCGGCCUUAUGUAUUUGUUUGACAGUGGGUUCCAAGCUUAUUAAAUGUUUUCAGUGUUUUCAUAUGUUAAACCACUAAAAAAGCAAGGUUGUUUAGAUUUAACAAACCUAUUGGAAAAAAUAUAUAUAUUGGGGAAUGAUACACCUGAAAGUACUGAGUAUUAUAGCCUACAGAGCUUGCACAUAAUAAUGAUAAUAAUUUAUUAUUUAUACGCCACCCAUCUGACUGGAUUGCCCCAGCCACUUUGUGUAGCUUCCAACAAAUUAAAACAUACAGUUAAAGACACAGGCUCAUGCCCAAACAUACUUUCUAAAAACAAAGUCAAACAAUAAAUUGCUUAGGAAGCAAUCCAAACCCAAGAUCCACCAGUAUGGGUAGGGUUUGGAAUUGGGGUAAUUUAGGACAUCAUAAAUUGCACUGGGAUUAAUCAUGCCAACUUCCUAUAGUUUGCAUUGCUCUGCUCCUCUUAUUUAUGUUUCAUUGUAUCAAAGCACAUCAUACCCAGUUGUACAAAUGGCAGGCGAAGCAUGCAACUUCAGUAUCAUGCUUGGAAAUUGCGACCUCACAUCUUUAUAAAUCAAACUAUCUAACUUGCUAACCAUGAGUGAACACGUAUAGAACAUUAUUUCAAUCAAGCUAGGUGUUAAUUUAAAACGUUAGCGUAAUAGAAUUGAUUCUUCACUAUAUAUCUUGAGUGAGAUCCAGCGUAGUGUGAUCCUGAAUCCACUUGUGUAAUUGGGCUUCUCCUUCCCUCUGUGUUUCCCCCAAAAAAUAUCUGCUGUGUAGGAUUUGAAUCCACAAUCUUUGUCUCACUUUGUAAACUCCGAACUACUUGUGCCAGUAUUCACAGCACACUUGUAAGUAUCACAAAUGUCUUUCCUAACAUUUCACCAUAAUUGUUCAAGAGUAAGGUUAUAUUGUGCCAGUAUGGUCCAAUAGAUAUAAAAGUAGAAUUUCUUCCCCUGCAUCUCCAAUAAUGUUUCUAUAUUGGAACCAAAUCAGCAUGGGGGCGAUCGGUGCGUCGGCAAUUUGCCUGAGGAGCCAGUCGGUGCUUCAGCGAUCCGAUGGGGGGGGGAUUGGUGCGUCGGCAACCCACCCAGGGGAGCGAUCGGCGCAAUGGCGAGCCACCCGGUGGGGAUUUUGUCACCCCCUUCUGGGAUGACACCCAGGGCAAAGCACCCCCACCACACACCCCUCCCUAUGCCCCCGAUUGCAUGAUUCAUUGCUGGGCCAGGCAACAUUCAUUUCAUCCUGCCUACAGAGUUCUGACAAGAAUUGUUUCCUAAGGCCUUUGAGGGUGAUGGGGAGGGAGGAUAUCUUCCAUGAAAACAGAAAAACAAAUCUCAGUUCAGUCCCUCUGGAUCACAGAGGCAUUCAUAAAUGUUGUAGCUUCUGUUUGUGUUUAGUUCAUCAUGUAUGGGAAACAAUAAGUGCUAAAGUGCUGAUUAAUAUCCUACCUGUUUUUCAUUUGACAGUUUGUUAAACAAGAGCCAAAUAAGUUACUGUUCUCACAUUUAAGUCCGUGGUGAGUCUGUAAUUGUUUUACAACCUUUAAAUCUGGAGGUGAGAUAAACAGCUCUAUAAAUAUGUGAUAUACUUUUUUGUUAAAUGGAUUUAUUAAUAUAUAAUGAAAACUUUACAGGCCCCGCGUCUGGGCAUGUAAAUGCAGUGCAAGGCAAUUGUCCAUGUCAAACUUUUGUGCAAGAAAAGCAAUAAAUAUAUAAUAUGAUUAGAAGCUAUAAAAUUACUUGCAAAUAAAUGGAGAGAUGUUAAAAAA